AUGGCGGGUUUAUACCUUUCCAUGCUCGGCAUCGCCUUUGCCAUCGUCACUACCUUCUACUUUGCUCUAGACAGCAAGCAACGAGCUUUGCUUUUGAGCAGAUCCGGCCUCGACAGGCAACACAGACUACCAUGGGCACCUCAAACAUCUCCAUCUCCAACAAGACAACCGUCCGAGAAAUCAACUCUUCCCACCGGCCAACAGUACAAAGACACNUUUCCUCCUUGCAGACGUCCCGCCCUGGCCGAGCUCACGGACACCCGCUUCAGCGUGGGUGGAAAGUCUGGAAAGGGCUUGAGCGAGCUUCCUCACAAUACCGAAAAGAGCCUCCCAGACAAUGUCAACGUGCUGGCUCCACAAUACAAGAAACGCUUUACGCCCACUGGCUUUACGGUCGAGGAAAUCAAAGCUCUGGGCAAUUUCCCGGAUUAUGCUGCUCUGAGUGGUGUGCCUCUGCCUGCAGCUUACACAGACUUUGACAUCAAGACUGCUUUGGCGAGACCUUAUCGCCCCUUUCGCUGGCCAUACCAUCAAACAAUGUGUAAGACUACACCAAACACGCUCCUGACUUUACACAAUGUACUCAUCAUAUCUCUCUCCUUUCACAGCNNAUACAAGAAACUAGAACCAGACUACUGGCUCGAACUCGAUAAACACUACGCCACACGCAUAAAGCAGCGUCAAGACCUCUUCGCCACCCACAGCACCUCCAUCCUGCAAUCCCUCCCCGGCACCGAGCUCGCCACAAAAGAACUCCUAGAAAUGGUGCUCCAGUUCCUGUGCUCGCGCUACCCUGCCCACUUUACCCUAAACCCUCGCACCUUGAUAUUUACCAACAAACUCCUUGGCACAGAGACAAACCUCAGGGAAAUCGAUGCUAUGGAGUGUUUGUUGAAUAAUGUGCCAGAGGACUUUGCAAUCGUGCUCAGGGAUCCCGAGACUGGGAGUUAUAGCUUUAGGGCUGGUGUGAUUUGUAGCGCCCUAGGCUGGAGUAUAUCCACAAAACUCGGCAAAGAGUUGAAGGAUAUACACGCAGAGAUUCCAGACUACAAGGAAAAGAUGGAGGUUUCGAUGGACAGGUUCUUCGCCAAACUUCCCACAGACAAACCCAUCCAACGCGGUUCCUGGAGCCUCGAAGUCGACGAACCACUCUUCGCACCUACCCUCUCUAGCCCUUCUGCUCAAAACACUCCAUCCCUCUCCCACUGCAAUCUACGUGUGGAUUGGCAAACCCUGCGUCGUCUNCCCCUCUCCGGCGCCAUAGUAUUCAACUAUAAAUGCUUGUUUACUCCCAUCACUUCCUUAGCCACCGAACCUUGCAUCCCAGGCUUACUUGUUAAAGUCCUCAGCGAUGGCAAGAGGGAACUAAUGGAGUACAAAGGUGCAGACAGCAUCAAACAAGUUGCGCUUCCAGCACUGCAGGAAAUGGAUACGCAGCAAAGGCAACAAGACAUGGCGGAUAAGAAGUGGGAGCCGAGUACAUUGGACGAAUACCCUUGGUUUCCUGGGUGGGAGGACAAGUGGCGCGAGGAGCAGGGGUUUUAA